GUAAGGAUGAAAUGAAAUAAUUGCUAAUGCUUAGCACUUGGCAAGUACUAAAUGACAGCUGUUAUUAUUUUCCAUGCUUGACAUGUAAUUUACAUAAAAGUUGCCUUUCUGGAUUUUUUGGCCAAACCACUUAUUUUGUUGGGUGGGUUUAUACUUUCCAGGAGAACAAUUUGAUAUAACAGAAAUCUGGAUUCUAGCUAUGGAUCAUCCACUGAUUGAUUUUGAUUUGAUUAAUUAUUAAUGGGGGUUCAGAUAAAAUAUUUAGUAUUUUCAUAUAAAAUUUAAAUAUUUUAAAAGAGGUGAACAUGUUGAGUCUUUCGUUGAUUUUGAGUACUCAACAAAGACCUGUUUUUUGUUUCAUCAUAGUGUGAAAUGGUGAUCCCAGAUGUUCAGUUUUUGUACCAAAGCUUACCAAUGACUGUUACAAAAACUUUUUGUAAUUUUCAAAGUUUAAAUUAGUGGAUGAUUUACAGAUGAUUCCUGUGAUGAGUGUUUAAUUCUAAAUAUAAACUACUUGACAAUCACACCCAAUAAAAAGUUCAGUGCUUUUCAUAUCACCAAAACCCUAUUUCAUAAAAUUAUUGUAAUAACCUCCUAAUGAAUUUGAGUUAGAGAAACUGGAAAUACAUUCUUUUCCUAAUUACAAUGUAGUAUGUAUUUGUGCAUUUUUUAUUAAUUUUAAAAUGUUAUAAACUUCGCUUAGAUUUGCUUUGUUUUUAUGUCCUAUUUUCUGAAAGACUUCAGAUUUUCAUUAGUUUUUCACUUCCUUCCAAAAGGGACCUUGUAGAGAAAUAUUGUAGAAUCAAAAUGAAUCUUGUAGUCAAAUUUUAUUGGAGUUCAGGUCCUGUAAAGAUGGUUGUGUUUAAAUUCCACAAAGUUAUUUGUUGUUUUUCCUGAACUUUUCCUUUUGCAGCAAAGUUCUGUUUUCAUUAACUACACACUAUUUUAAAGUAGAAGAUGGUGGUGAAAGAUCAGUCUGUGUUACCUUUGGAUUUUUUUUCUUUGUGAAAGCAAUGGCUGUCUUGAUUGUAACAGAAAACUAUCUGGAAUUCGGACUUGAAACAGGGUUUACAAAUUUUUCAGACAGUGCGAUGCAGUUUCUUGAAAAGCAAGGUUUAGAAUCUCAGGGUCCUGUUUCAAAACUUACUUUCAAAUUUUUCCUGGCUAUUUUCUGUUCACUCAUUGGGGCUUUUUUGACAUUUCCUGGAUUACGGCUGGCUCAAAUGCAUCUGGAUGCUCUGAAUUUGGCAACAGAAAAAAUUACACAAACAUUACUUCAUAUCAACUUCUUGGCACCUCUGUUUAUGGUUCUGCUCUGGGUAAAACCCAUCACCAAAGACUACAUUAUGAACCCACCAUUGGGUAAAGAAAGUGUUCCUUUAAUGACAGAAGCUACCUUCGAUACUCUGCGACUCUGGUUAAUAAUCCUGCUAUGUGCUUUGCGGUUGGCCAUGAUGCGUAGUCACCUGCAAGCUUACUUAAACUUAGCCCAGAAAUGUGUGGAUCAAAUGAAGAAAGAAGCUGGGCGAAUAAGCACAGUUGAGCUUCAGAAAAUGGUCGCUCGAGUCUUUUAUUACCUCUGCGUCAUCGCGCUGCAGUAUGUGGCUCCCCUGGUCAUGCUGCUUCACACAACCCUGCUUUUGAAAACUCUAGGUAAUCAUUCCUGGGGGAUUUAUCCAGAAUAUAUGUCUGCCUUGCCAGUGGAUAAUAGUCUACCCUCCAAUUCUGUUUACUCUGAAUUACCAUCUGCUGAUGGGAAGAUGAAGGUAACUGUUACACAGAUAACAGUGGCACUGAGCAGCUUAAAAAACAUUUUCACUCCUCUCCUUUUUCGAGGACUUCUGUCUUUUCUGACCUGGUGGAUUGCUGCUUGUCUCUUUUCUACAAGCCUUUUUGGGCUUUUCUAUCACCAGUAUCUCACUGUGGCAUGAGUCUCAGUUAACAAAAACGGAUAUCAAAGUCACACUUUGAAUUCAAGUAUUGUACCCUUGAAGGGCCAACGAAAACCAGAAGAAAGCAAAUACAAAGGAAAGAAACCAUAUCAGAAUAUCUUGUUUUAAAUACUUCCUCUGUAUUCUCAGGGUGGUUUAAUGGUAUUAAUAUUUUAAAUUAUAGAAUAGAUUGUUAACUGCUAUACUAUGGUAUUGAAAUUUUAACUCCUUGCAUUAAGGGAUGUGAGAGGCUAUCUGCAGGUAUAAUAACUUCCGAUGACCUUGGUUUACAGAAACCUCCAUCAGUCUUUGAAACUUCUCAUAUGACUCCAGUUAUUGAUUGGUUCUGUUAAUGGUAUUAAGGUACUGUCAAUAUUCGUAGUAGCUGCCUAUAGAACAAUCUUCAAACUGAGCCAUGCUUUAGGGGAGGGAAAGGAGUUAAAGUCACUUCUGUUGGUAAUAUACCAGUCAAACAGCAACAACGGCAAAAUCCAACAGAAAGGAAGAAAUAGCUACUGUAUAUUACAGUAAAGAAAGCUGCAUAGAAAUUUUAAAUUUAAUGGAGAUGUACAUGCUUGAUAUUUACAAGUACUGCUGCUUGACAGUAGCAAGAGUAUUGCUUUAAAAUGCAUUCUAUCCAACUUGAGGGAUCUUUUAAAUGAUUGGCUACAUGAACAUUUGCAGUCUUGCCAUUAGGUUUGGACCUCCCAUAUUUUAUUUUAUUCUAUGAUCCUAAGUAUACUUUUUAAUAGUCUAAAAGUAUUUAUCAAUGUUGAUCAGACUUUUAAAAAAUUACUUUGUAAUCCUGCUGACUACCUGUAUGUAUUGUACAUAUAUAUAUUAUAUAUUAAAUAUAUAAUAUAUUGAGAUUAUAAAAGAUGAAAAUAUUGGAUUCUUAUAAUAUUUUAAGUUGCUGAAUGUAUGUUAAAAUGUGAUUGAAUGAGAUGUGUUUAUAUCUAGAAAUUUUCUUCUUCCUGGAAUGAGAUUAAAAUACAUUUUGAAAAUUCA